GAGGAGUCCUCCGAAGUGUCGUCGAUCCAUCCGCCGCCUUUGCCAAGGAUGGUUGGAGGCCGCUUCCGAAUGCGGGGCGAGAUUGGCUCUGGCUCCUACAGCGAAGUUUUCAUGGGGGAGGACGACGACUCAGGUGAGAGACCCAGAUCUCUAGCCCAGAUCUUUGCGAGAAGAAGCAUGUCCAUCGCCGAUGAGUCCGGUAAGACCUUCAAGGAGGAGCUCCGGGCAGGAAAGCCGAAGAUGGGCCUCUUUCUGAACUCCAGCUCGCCUACAGUUGCAGAGCAGCUCUCCUGCGCUGGUUAUGACUGGCUCCUUGUGGACAUGCAGCACGGCCCGAUGGACACCAUGAUGCUCUCAUCCAUGCUCUGCGCGAUUCACAGCGGCGGGGCCAAGUCCAUGGUGCGGGUGGCUGGAGCUCAUGAUCGUGGGGGCAUUCAGCAGGCCCUGGAUCUGGGUGCAGACGGCAUCUUGGUGCCCUACAUCAACACUGCCGAUGAGGCAAAGCAAGCCGUCUCUUGCUGCAAAUACCCGACAGAGGGAACUCGCUCCGUGUAUUUUCCGCAGCGAAGCACGAAUAAGAAGGGUUUGCUGGGAUACGUAGGCAACGCCAAUGCGAACGUCAUCGUGGCGCUUCAAGUGGAGACGCAUGAUUGCAUCAAGAACAUCGAUGCGAUUGCGGCGGUCAAGGGCUUGGACCUCCUGUUCCUGGGGCAGAACGACCUCUGCAUGAGCGCAGGCCUCUUUGAGAAGUAUGAGUUCCCCAAGAUGUACACUUCCCCUGAGCUGGACGAGAUGACAGGCAAGCUUAUUGAGGCAGCCAAGAAGAACGCAGUUGUGCUUGGCGUGUUCCUGUUUGGCACCGACCGUGUGAAGGAGUUUUUGGAGAAAGGGUUCCCUUUUAUUUCUAUUGGCAACGACCUCCACCAUGUCAUGACACAGGCAGAUACCCACAUGGAAGCCUUGGACAAGGCCGCUGCCAGCCUGGAAAAGCCUUGGAAGAAGCGUCAGCUCCAGGCGUAG